AUGGGGCUGCUGGUGCUGGCCCUGGCUGCCUGGCUGGGGCUGGGGCCGGCCUUGGCCUCUGAGGGGGUGGCCAACAGUAGCCGGCUCUGCCAGGAAGCGCCGGCAUGGAGCGUCAACGGCUUGAGCCCCAUGGCAGGGGCAGAAGGGCAGGUGACGGUGGUGGCCCUGCUGAAGGCCAGCUGACACUUCUGCCUGCAGCAGGCCCACAGCCUCGGGGGCCUGCAGGAGAGACUGGCCCGGCAGGGCACGGUCGACGUCCGCUACAUGAUUGUCAACGAAAAGGCGCCGCUCUCCCGCGCCAUGUUCAGGGAGCUGGAGCGCCAGGCCCCGCCGGGCGUCCCCGUCUUCCAGCCGGAGCCGGAGGAGCCCGACAUCUGGCAGGUCCUGGGGGGUGACAAGGACGACUUCCUCAUCUACGACCGGUGCGGCCGCCUGGCUUUCCACAUCCAGCUGCCCUACAGUUUCCUCCACUUCCCCUACGUGGAGUCGGCCAUCCGCUUCACCCACAGCAAGGACUUCUGCGGCAACUGCUCCUUCUACCCCAAUGCCACCCAGGAGGCUAACAGUACCAUGGAGGUCCCUGUAACCCCGAGCCCGCUACCCGAACAAGAGGGGAAGGAGUCAGAGACCCCCAUCCACCAGCACAACCCCCUCCAUCCUCACCACCACCACGAGGUCAGCAGUGAGAGAGCCACAGACCCGAGUGGGGACCACGAACCUGCCACCCGCACUCACCACCACCACAGAGACCACAGCCAGCCCCAUCACGAGGGGAAGAAGCAGAAGGAGGGAAAUGAGCACUAA